CUUCUAUGCCCCCACUCUCACGAUACCAUCUUCCUUUCCUUUUCCCUUUCCCUUUCAUCAUUCCCUCUGUUAGCAACGCAAUCGACUGCUUGAUGGCAUGAAAACUACAUCCAGAAGCUGCCUCAAAAUUUGCCAUCAAACUUGUCUCAGCGUGUCUAUCAAUGGCGAAAACCAAUAUCGGGUCAUUCUUCAAUAAGUUCCUCUCUCUCUUCAUCCUUCUUCUCCACCUUGGUUGCUUCGUUUUCAAUGCCGCCCAAAAGCCAACCAAGAAACGCAAAUCCUCACCUCUUUCUCCUAACUCUCUCAAGCACCGAAAACCUCUUUCCUCCACCUGGACUUUCCUCAAACGCAUCUUUUCUUCUACUUCUAAAGCCAACUGCAAAUACGCCAUCCAAACCCACUCAGCAACCACCCCAGUGUUAACCUCUGCUAGAAACUCCCAACAAUCCCUUGUCUCCAUGGUUAUCCCCCCUGAAACUCUUUUAUCAGAUUCGGACACCACUCAUCAAAUGCAAUCUGGGUCUUGUCCAGAAUCCGACAUCUCAUCGGACUGCCCCUUUUUCCCUCUACGUAACGAUAUCUUCCCAUGCACGGCUUGCGGUGAGAUUUUGCAGAAACCCCAUUCUCUCGAACAACACCAAGCGACGAAGCACGCCGUGUCCGAACUCGCUGAUGGGGAUUCAGGCAACAACAUAGUUCGGAUCAUAUUUAAAACCGGUUGGACGGACAAGGUUAAGUACCCUGAAAUCCGCCGUAUUUUGAAGAUCCAUAACAGCCCAAAGAUUCUAACGAGGUUCGAAGAAUACAGAGAGCUCGUCAAAGCGAAAGCCGCGAAGAACGGUGCGAUAUGGAGGCGGGACGAGAGGUGCAUAGCUGACGGGAACGAGCUGUUGAGAUUUAACUGCUCAACUUUCAUGUGUGAUUUGGGACUUAACGGGAGUUCAAGCAUAUGUACUCAACAGUACUGCAACGUUUGUGGGAUAAUCAAGUCUGGUUUUUCACAAAAAAUGGAUGGAAUCUCCACACUAUCCACGAGCUGGAGAGCGCACAUGGCGAUCCCCGAGGAUGUAGAGGAAGAAUUCAAGUUCAUGAACGUGAAACGGGCCAUGCUUGUCUGUCGGGUCGUGGCGGGCCGAGUUGGAUCAGAAGGGGAAGAAAUAUACAAGGAAGCCGGUGGGUUUGACUCGGUGAUCGGAAGGGGUGGGAGUGGGGCAUAUCCCAAGCUUGACGAGGAAGAGUUGUUGGUCUUCAAUCCAAGGGCGGUGCUCCCUUGCUUUAUCAUUGUGUACACUGUUUAAGUGUGAGAUCGUAUGCAUGUAAUCUUUUCUGCACUUUUUAUUUUCUCAACUUGAUUUUCUUUUAUAUAUAUAUAGUUUUUAAUCUUAUUUAAUUACUCAGGAACUGGGAGAUAGUGAGAAUUUUGUGAGAUGCGGUGAUGUGUGUGGGUUAAUUUGUAGUGCAUGUGUGUUUUUUUUUUACAGGUUUUUGUACCUUUGUGCCUGUGAAGCUGUGACCAAAAGAAAUGAGUUUACAGCUAAAAUUAAUCAUAUGAUCGUGGUGAUUUCUGGGAUGCUU